GUGUCACUUGAUGCGCGACGUUGUGCGUGUCCGUGACUAUUAACCAGAGAAUAUACAAACGCGCCGCAAGACCACGCAAGACGAGAAGUAAAAGCUAAAGCAAAGGUUUUGAUGCGCCGUACUUGUCUAGCGACAUUAAUAACCACAACAACCUGAAGUAACUUGAAUGAUUUACAGUAAUUUAAUGCUUCGAAACGUCUCAGACACUCAUGAAGUCACUGAUAAACACGUGUAGUUUUAUGUAAUUCGUGAUGCAGCGAACUUCCUUACUAAAUAUCUUUGACACAUGAUAUUUCUCAAUUCAAUCACAAGUGCUUGAGCGUGAAGUGUUGUGGUCCUUGAUCUUCCUAAAGUGUCAUUAUAUCCGGCAAAGCCUUUCACCUUCUUUUCUGGAAAAAAAUUGUGGAAUAUUUAUUCAAGAGAGGACAUUGGUAAUUUCAACUUAAUUUUUUUCGCACUUUGCGAUUUAACAUCCCUAAAAGUUUCAUUACUAGAAAUUAACGAUUGCGAUCCUAACAAAGAAGAAAAUGUUGGGAAAAUAGAUUGCGAAUUGGACACGUUGCAUAUGUACAUAAUUUUAUUUCAAUAAUUUCAUAUAUGACUAUAACCACUGAAACGAAUGAACAAAUCGACAUUUAUUAGCUGCUGAGAGAUUAUAGAAAAACAUGAUUUUUGAAAGGCGUGCAAUAAUAACUAGUGUUCUUAAUCUGCGGCACCUGUCAUCUAAUGCAAAAAGCAAAGAUAUACCACACACAGCAAUUGGAGGUUGCCAUUAUCCUCAUGAUGACUGGACCAAUGUAUCAACAAAAAUUUUGUCAUAUGUGGGAAGGAAUAUCCAUUUACAAAAUAACCAUCCAUUGUCAUUAAUACGUCAAAGAAUAGUACAAUUCUUCCAUAAGACAUUCAUUGGUCGCACAGGAAAUGCAGUUUUUUCAAUAUAUGAUAAUUUAAAUCCAAUUGUGACAGUUGAAGAAAAUUUUGACAGCCUGUUGAUACCAGUAGAUCAUCCCAGCAGAAAGAAAUCAGACUGUUAUUACUUGAAUCAAAACCACUUACUUCGUGCACAUACUACUGCUCACCAAGCUCGGCUAAUGAGUAUGGGCCUCAAUAAUUUUCUUAUUGUUGGAGAUGUUUAUAGAAGGGAUGAAAUCGAUUCUACUCAUUACCCGGUUUUCCAUCAAGUUGAUGCUGUUCGGCUCCGAACUGCUCAAGAUCUGUUCCCUCUUGACGCCUCCAUUUUGAGUGUGUUUGAUAAAGGAGUAGAGAGAACUGAAGAAACUCAAGAACACUAUAAUAAAGAAAUAUCUUGUUUGAUGAUAAAUGAAAUGAAAAAGACCUUGGAGAUGAUGGCAUCAGAAUUAUUUGGAAAGGAUGUGAAAACUCGGUGGGUCAGUGCAUAUUUUCCUUUCACUCAUCCUUCCUUUGAACUGGAGAUUUUACAUCAUGACAAGUGGAUGGAGGUACUAGGAUGUGGACUGAUAGAACAAAAAAUUCUGAAAACAGGUAAUUUGGUGGAAUUAGUUUAUGAGAAUAGUACCUUUAAAUACACUGGAGCAGUGAAUCACAUUGGGUGGGCUUUUGGCCUGGGUCUAGAACGACUUGCGAUGCAUCUCUAUGAAAUACCCGAUAUUCGUUUAUUUUGGAGUGAAGACUUAGGAUUUCUAUCACAGUUCAAUGUUGAAGAUCCUAGAACUCCCAUUAAAUAUAAGCCAGUAAGUAUUUAUCCUCCAUGUAGUAAUGACAUUAGUUUCUGGCUUCCACAAGAUGCUCCCUUUGCCUCAAAUGAUUUCUAUGACUUGGUUAGAAAUAUUGGAGGUGAUUUAAUUGAACAGGUGAACUUAAUUGACGAAUUCACUAGUCCAAAGAAGAAAAUGACAAGUCAUUGUUAUCGAAUUGUAUACAGACACAUGGAGAGAACUUUGACUCAAGAAGAAGUUAAUGUUAUUCACAAGGAUAUAGAGAAAACUGCAGUCAAUGAACUGAAAGUAACUAUCAGAUAAUGAACUGUGUGAUUCGAUGGACUGUCGUAGGAUAAAGUUUACAUAUGAUGUCAGCAAGUGUUAUAAGUAAAUGUCAGCCCUGUCUUACUUAUAAAUAAAAUUAUAUUUCAUGUAUUCUUUUACCCCAAGUAACUACCUGUAUUACUAGUGGAUAUUGUGAAAUCUGAUAAUUCAGUACUUUACUGUAAAAUAACACAAAAAAAAUUGAAUGUUUGCUGAAAAAAAAAAUCUCUAUUUCUAUUUCUAUUUCUUAUCUCACAGUACUUAGCUAUGUCAUUAAGGAAUUGAAUAUACUAAAAAAUUAGGCUUAUUUUCAGAAAUCAAGAUAAAAUUUGGUAUACACCAAAGAGCUAUUUCAUUUUCAAUUAUUUAGUGUGGCUUUUUAUAGCUAAUUAAAAAUUAUGUUCUAAAUUAAUUAGGACUCCUUGAUGAAAGCUUACUUGAGAUUAAUAGUUUUGUAGGGGACCCUCAAUAAUUAGAACUUUUCAUCAACUCUUUCUGACCCUAUGCAUCGGACUCAUAUAAGUGACUUUCCUUCCUACCUGCAGCGUAACACCUGGAACUGACCUGCCCUCUGCCCACAAGUCACGCUAAUUAUUACAUCAAUUAAAAAAACACAGUAAAUACACAAUGCAACAUAUGUAAUUACUACGAUAAAUUAUAUUACAAUUAUCCAUAAAUUAUAUUUUAUUUAUGGUGGCACCAACAAGCUGUUGAACUCUUCUGACAACAGUUUAUAUUGUAGUUAAAAUUAUGACUACCCUAGCUAUACUUGAGAAUGUUCAGUUUCUUUUUGAAUGCAGUCUGCUAAAAUUGCUUUCCAUGCAUUUACAACCUGGUUAACAAUAUAGUGAGACCGUUAAUGUAUACUUGUUCUUUUCAUCAGCAUCAUAUGACCUCUAAGCCUUGGUUCCAAGGCACUUUGCAAAAAAAGUUGUCAAAUUCAGGAAAGUUAUAACAUCCAUUCAAAUUUUAAAAGUUUCUAAAAUAUCACCAUUUCUUCUGUUGUAAUGUCAAGAGUGACAUUUCUCGGCAUCUUCCUCCAUAAUUAAAUUGACGCUAUUCCCUAGGGUUCUUUGUUAUCUGCAUCUUUUCAAUGUUUUUUCUUUUUGAUAGUAGGGAGACCAAACUGCCUUAGCAAACUCAAGAAUAGACCUAAUGUAUUCUGUAUAGAUCAGUAUAAAGAUAGGGAGGCAUAAAGAAUGCAAUUCCAAUCAGGUAUAAUAGUUUAUAUAUAGAGACUAGCAAUAAAUUAUAACAAGUGUUGCUCUGUUAAUUGUGUAAUUGUUACGCAUUUAUAUAAAACAUAUUAUAAAUUCUAUUCAAGAGCAAAAUUGUGUAUUAUUGUCUCAUGCUAAAUCUCUAUUGCAUGAAAAAUAUGAAAAUAUAGUAAACCCUCAUUAGCAUUAACUUUGUUAACACGAAUUUCACCACAUCGUGAACAAAAUUUGGGUCCUUGGAAGGAAACCUAUUAAUACUAAAUAAUAAUCGGAGGACACAUUUUUAUAACACAAAAAUGAAUUAUUUUGGACCCUUGUUUUUCGUUUCUCAAAACAUGUACUCGUGCAAUAAAUAAAGCGUAACAUUAUAAACUAGUUGCUUAUAUACUACACAAAAAAAUGUAUGC